AUGACAACUAAAGAUCAGUCUUCAGUUGUCGACGUUUUCAUCUGGGCUUCGACCAGCACCCCUCCCGCGUGUUCAGAGUUUGGCCAGAAAGCAUUCCUUCACAAAAACCCUACCACCGCGCAAGUUUCUCGUGCUCAGUCCCCGUGCGAGUCUCACCACCUGAUCGCCGUAUCCCAGUCGUUCGACGUUCGUGCGCGUAGACAACGGCAGCGGGCGGCCUUUUCUUGCGGAGAUUGGGUGAGCGCGGGUCUGUGCCACGGGAGGUGGGGGAACGCGGCGACCGCGGCGGAGAUUUCCGCUCGCGAUCAUGGAAGCGCCAGCGUUCCGCGCGAGUGGGGGGAAGCGCUCCUUCCGCACGGCGAUCGCGGAAUUCCGCCUGGCGGGAGCGAGGAGAGAGCGGAUGCGGCACCAGCCAGACCCGACAGCCAUGCGAAGAAGAAACCGCCAUCGCUAGACGAAACCCCCGUUGGUUUCGAGCCGAGCCAAGCAUCGCGGGAUAAGGCGCGAGUCGCAUCUGAAGAGGCGGGCAGUCCGGUUUGCCAUUUGAAAGAGAACAGCGCGUUACGGGAUGGGAGGGUUGCUGUGAGCGCCGCGCUUGAUUUGCGAGAAGAAGCAGCAGGCUGCGCGAGUGUUUGCAAAGCGGUGUGCCCGCCGGGCGACGAGUGUGCGAUGGAGUGCGAGUGCGCGAAGGCGGUGAAAGCCCACUCUUCGUCGUCGCAAUCCUCUACUCUGACGGCGGCAGGUGCGACAGCUGCGACGGGUUCGACAGAUGCGGUGGAUGCGAUGGAUGCGACGGAUGCGACGGAUGCGACGGAUGGGAACGCACUAAACCCUACGAGCGCGUGGAACGCUUUGGUGGCGUCAGGCAAUGAGGCAGUACGUGGUGGUGAUGGUAGCAGGAGCAGCAGUAGCAGCAACAGCACGGUCAUCGCUCCUUCCGCGUCGCCCUCUUUCCCUCCGCCUGUCCUCCGCGCGCCUUGUGUUCCCGCUGCGCAGCUUUCGCUUGCGGAAGAGGCGGGCGGGGCACAUGAGCGGGAAACAGAUGCGCAAGAUGCUUACGGUACAACGGCGCUUCGUGAUGCGCGGGCGGCGCUGGAUUUGGGAGGCGGAGGGGGUUGGGCAGGUCACGAGGGGGAGGAAGAAGGGGGAGCGGCGGAGCGGCAAGCCGGGGAGGUGGUGUGGCGCGAGUUGGGAGCUGUCUGGGUUGUGGAGGAAAGGGGCGGAGGGGAGGAUGAGCAAAGUUUGGGUGUGGAAAGUUCGUGGCGCAAGAGGCAGCGGGGGUUAAGAAGGAAGGCGAUGCGGGUUGGCAAUGGGGGAGAGAUGCUGACUGAGGGAGAGGGGAGAAUUCCGUUGAAGAGAGGGGAGAGGAGGGUUGGGAGGAGUGAGGAGAGGCGGAGAGGUAUACCGGAAGACGCAGAGGCAGGGGAAGAGGAGGAGGAGGAGGAAGGGGAAGAGAGGGUGGAGGAAAGGGAAGGAGCGGCGGUUCAGAGGUCUAGCAAACGGAGGCAUGCGGUUGAAGACGGGCGCGUUGUUGGGGAAUCCAGGCACACGGCAGUGCAGCCAUACACUGAAGAGGGGUGUGGAGCGGAGAGUAUGCGUGGGAAUGUGGAAGGUCAGCCACACCACAAGAAGCAUGCGGGAGGCAAGAGUGUGCGUGUGACCCGGGGGCCCCCUUCACAGCAGCCGCUCUUGGCGAAGUGCCAGGUGGCACUUGCUCACGCACAGGAGGGGAGGAAGGCAGCGAGCAUGCGCGUGGGGAAGGAGAUUCGCAGUGAGCCAAAGGCAGGCGUGGUGGGAGGCGAAAGGGGUGAAGCUGAUGAUGAGGUGGUGAAGGUGCCUGUAACGAGGAUUGCGUGUGGGCAGAGAGGGGGAGCAGCGGUGCCAGUGGCAGGUGGUGGAGAAGGCGCGGAAGAAGUGCGUGCAGCUGUGUUGGCGAGGGGAAGAUUCGCCGACGAGGUUGCAAGAGAUGGUUUGCAGCAGCCGAAGACAGACGAUCUGUGCGGGUCUGGGACUGCUGCUGCUGCUGCUGCUGCUGCCGCCGCCGCCGCCGCUGCUGCUGCUCCUGCAGCAGACAGUGAAGGCAGCAAUGCUGACAGCCUUGGCGGGAGUGAGGGAGAGAGCGGGAGUGGGAGAGGGAGAGAGAGGCGGGCCAUUCACGCCCUGGAUUGUACGCUGGAUGACCCUCUGCUUCUUGCAGCCAACCACCUGUGCGGCUCGCCUAAGAACUUUCAGCUGCCACUGGUGCUGACACAGGGGCUGGGGGCUUGGGCGGGAGGAGGCAGUAGUGACAAGUGGUGUGCUCAGGAGGUGAGGUGUGCAGGCGAAACAGGCAUGGGGGACGUGCAUGGGAGGGCGAGAUCCAGGAGGGGAUGUCGUGCGAUCAGGAUGAAGGGUAAAGCUGGAGGCGUUUGUGAGGGGGAGGAGGACAAGGAUGAGCAUGUGGGUGGAAUGGUGGGUAAGAGGGAGGAGGAGGAGGAGAAGGAAGAGGUGGAGGAGGAGGAAGAGGAGGAAGAGGAGGAGGAGGAGGAAGGGGAGGAGGAGAAGGAGGAGGAGGAGGUGGUGGUGAUAGAAGUGAUCGUACUUUCAGACGAUGAUUCUGACGAGGACGAGGAGUGUGAGGGGCGAGAGGAGGAGCAAGAGGAUGCUGAUGCUGGUGAGGAUGGUGUGGUGGAGGUGAUGAUGGUUAAUAGGGCAGCAGCGACUUACCAGGAGCGUUUCCAGCAGCGGCUGAGAGGGAAGGCGGCACGAGGGAAGGGCGAUGAUGCACAGAACCAGGCUGACCGACUCAAGGAAUUCAGCACAGCUGGUAGUGACGACGAGGGAUGGGAGGACAGUGCAGUGAAGGCCUUUCGAGGCGCCACCAACUCAUGGAAGGGCAAGUCACCCUACACCUCGCCUGGAGGAAAUUCGACGUUGGCCACGAGCCUCGCGCUCGUCCUCGUCUUCCUCGUCUCCAUGUGGCUGUUCACUUCGCCGGCAAAGAGUCCCGCCAACGGAUUGCAGCGCAUUGCGGAAGACGCGGUUUACACGGCGGUAGUAGUGGAGGAGCGGCGGGAAGAGUCCGCGGAGAGGCAGGCGGCGCAGUACGAGGGGGAAAAGGCGCAGGAGGCGCGCGAACAGGCGAAGGUGGCGGCGGAACUGCAGCAAGUGGAGGAGCGGAUUAAGGAGCUGGGCGGUACCGACGCUGCAGACGGCGAUGCUGACGUGGAGCGCAAGACCAGCCGCAAGGAGGGUCCUGCUGACGACAGCAAGGCGGAGCCGCUGCCGAGCCAGGCGGCGGAGUCGAAGGUGGAGCAGGCGCACGCGGAGACCGAGCCCGAUACCCAGGAAAGCAGCACCGCCGAGAACAGCGACGCGACGGGCGAGACUUCCGAGGCAGGCGCAGCAAGCAAGGAGGAGGAGGAAGAGAAGGCGGAGAAGGCGGAGAAGGCGCAAGAAGACGGGGAGGAAGCUUCCGCGUCGCGACCGACAUCGGUGGCGCCGUAUCCGCUGUGCGUGGAGCAGAGCGACGACUACAUCCCGUGCCUGGACAACGAGAAGGCGCUGCGGCAGCUCAAGAGCACGAGCCACUACGAGCACCGCGAGCGGCACUGCCCCGCCGUGGAGGAGGUGCCGCGCUGCGUGCUGCCGCUGCCCGACGGGUACAAGCCGCACAUCACGUGGCCCGAGAGCCGCGACCAGAUCUGGUACAGCAACGUGCCGAAGCCGUCGCUAGCGAAUUACAAGGCGGAUCAGAACUGGGUGAAGGCGGACGGCGACAAGUUCCUCUUCCCGGGCGGCGGCACGCAGUUCAAGUACGGCGCCACGCGCUACAUCGAAUGGGUGCACGACGUGUGUCCGGAGCUGGCGUGGGGCAAGCACGUGCGCGUGGUGCUGGACAUGGGGUGCGGCGUGGCGAGCUUCGGCGCGUAUCUGGACGCGUUCGACGUGCGCGUGAUGUCCGUGGCGCCCAAGGACGAGCACGACGCGCAGAUCCAGUUCGCGCUCGAGCGCGGAGUCAGCGCGCUCGUGGGCGUCAUGGGCACGCAGCGCCAGCCGUACCCCGCGAACUCGUUCGACGCGGUUCACUGCGCGCGGUGCCGCGUGCCGUGGCACAUCGAGGGCGGCAAGCUGCUGCUGGAGCUCAACCGGCUGAUUCGCCCCGGGGGGUACUUCGUCUGGUCCGCCACGCCGCUGUGCCUGCACUGCUCCGCUAAGGAGCCUGAUGACAAGGAGAUCUGGAGCGCGAUGCGCAAGCUGACGAAGAACAUGUGCUGGAAGCGGCUGGCGAAGAAGGUGCACCGCGAGUUCGGCAUCGGCGUGGCCGUGUGGCAGAAGCCCCUCGACAACGAGUGCUACGACGCGCGCCCGCGCAAGACCAUCCCGCCCUUGUGCCCCGACAGCAACCGCGCGGACGCCGCCUGGUACGAGCCGAUGGAGGCGUGUAUGCACCGCAUUCCCGCCGCCAAGGCGCUCACCACGUGGCCCGCGGAGGGGCGCAACCGCCUGGUGACGGCGCCCGCGCGCAUCGCGGAGGUGGCGCGCGGGCUGUUUGGCAAGGCGGGCCCGGCGGACUUUGACGCGGACACGGAGUUCUGGGAGCGCGAGACCAAGCGGUACUCGCGGCACCUCAACAUGGACUGGACCACCGUGCGCAAUGUCAUGGACAUGGACUCGCAUUAUGGCGGAUUUGGUGCGGGCAUUUCUGACAAGCCUCUGUGGACCAUGAACGUGGUCCCAGCUGGGAACGCGAGUGAGGGGCUGGACACGCUGCCCAUUGUAUUUGACCGCGGGCUGCUGGGCGCGUACCACGACUGGUGCGAGGCCUUCAACACGUACCCGCGCACCUACGACCUGCUGCACGCUGACCGCCUGCUGGGGAAGAUGAUGCGAGGCAGCAGGUGCAACGUGGAGGCGGCGAUGCUAGAGAUGGACCGCAUUCUUGCACUCACACCCCAUGGGGCACGUCAUGCCCCUCAUUGCGCCCCUGUUCAUCCUCCCUCUCCCUAUGCUCCUCCAUUCUUGCACUCAUCCCCCACCCCCACCCCCCCCAACCCCACACUCCCUGCCUGUGCGCGCACGCUCAGGUGCGAUGUGGAGGCGGUGAUGCUAGAGAUGGACCGCAUUCUACGCCCCAUGGGGUACGCCAUCAUCCGGGACACGGCACCGCACCUGCCACGCAUUGAGGCAAUUGCGAAGCAGCUGCACUGGGAGGUAAAGAAGGCGUUCCGGCGCACAGGCAGCUCUGUUAUCAGCUUCCAGAAGACCAUGUGGCGCCCUGUUGCUGCUUAG